AAGAAAGUAUUAACCCUAAAAACUCUAAAAUAAAAUUAAGAACAGAACAGAACACAACAACAUAUCAGUGCAAAACAAUUCUCAAAACUCUCUCUUUUUCUCUCAACAACUUUUUCAAAGUAAUAAUAAUCACUUGUUGCGCGGGAAAGCGCUUCUUAUCAAUCUCUCUCUCUCUCUCACUCGUUCGUUCCUUCGUUCACCGUGAAACUAUUCAGUUACGGUUGCGAAAGAGGAACGAUAACAAUGCAAACCAUUGAAGAAGAAGAAGCUGUUGGAAGCGAUGUUCAGGAUUCUCCUUCACAUUUCGAGAUUUUGAAGCUACGUCAACGUUGGGAACUCGCUUCCGUUCUCCAUUUCCUUGACGUGUUUAGUCCAUUACUUGGUAAUGAUCUGAAGGUUACAGCCGAAGAAAUUGAGAUCGGACUUGUUAAACCUAAUGCUUUUCUUACUAACCUUCACAUUCAACUUUUGAAGGGAAUACCACCUGUUGGUAAAGCACUGCACGAUUCUGAUAAAUGGGUGACCGCUCUCUCUAAGAAACUGACUACUUGGUGGCCAUGGGUUGCUGAGGGGAAGAAUCCACUUGUACCAUCUAAAGGAGAGGAGAUAUCAAAGUACAAGGAGCUUGAUCCAUUGGAUCGUUUACUACUGCUAAAAGCCCUCUGUGAAGUUAGAGCUGAUCAACAUGAUGUGGUAUCAUAUAUUAAUGAUGCUUUAAAAGAAGGAACCCAGAUUUCUUCUUUUCGCAAAGAGGCCUUUGGAAUAGAUGGAACUCGCACGUCCUAUUGGUACGAUGCAAACACUAAAGCGCAGAGUCACAGAUUGUACAGGGAAACAAUCACAUCAGUCUCCACUCCAAACCGUAAGGGCAAAGGUUGUUUAUCACUUCCCAACUUUCAAUGGGAAACACUCGCCACCAAUCUUGACGAAUUUUCUGAAGUAGCUGAAAAAUUAUCAUCUAGCAAGUCUCGUGUUGAGAUUUAUAUGGGCGACAGGCUUCAAAGUGAUGCUAUUCCUGUUCUUGAGAAACUUCAAAAGAAAAAAGAAAGAGCAAUGAAACAAAAAGAGAGACAGGAUAAGCUCUUAAAAGAUUUUCAGAACUCUUUUUCUUCUGGAAAUACACGCUCUUGUCGCACUCGAAGGCCUAUUAAUUACAGUUUUGAAGCUUAUGAUCGAACAAUUAAGGAGGCUAUACAGUUGACAAACAAAAGGAAAAAGUCCCCUGCUGCUGACCAAGAUAGAAACAGAGGAUCGGAAGAUGACUUCGACAUAGAUGUUUCUGCAGACAGUGAUGAUUCUAAAAGGGAUACGCAACCUAUAUCCGAGAGUGAUGAUGCUGGUUAUGAAAUUGAGAAUCACAGCAGUAGUGAGGAGAAUGAUGAACAUGUGGGUCAGGCGGAUAAUUCCGAAGAACACUCUAGCCAUGCAGUUUCUUAUCCAAAAGGGGUUCGCUCUAGUAAGCGGAUAGCUGGAGUCCCUGGCCAUACUGUUCCAGAAAGCAUGGGUUUGACUGCAAAGCAAAGAGUGAGACAGAGACCUACCCGAAAUACUGCCAUAGAAUCUACUGUUGUUCCUGAUUCAGAGGAUGAAUCGGAUGAAGGGAAGACAGAUCUUUCUUAGUCUACCUAGGCCCAGUAUUUAACUUACAUUUUGGGGAAGUAUCUAGCAGUGUAGAAUGUAGUCAGCAAAAUUUGGGGUUAUUUUGAAAACAUCCCUCUUCUUAAGCUUCUACAUAUUUUUUGGUUUGAUCUAAGUUGUCUCGGAAUCCAUGAACGUAUACUUCUCGGGUACUAUGAUCCGAGAAAUUUAAAAAUUCUGAGUACAUAUAUGGCUAAUGAAUAUAAGUCGUUUGCUUGAUGUAUCAAUUCAACACCGUUCAAACAUCUCUCAUGGUGCAUGUCAGCAUGUGACUAUGUGAGAUGCUUGACAAAUUUAUAAAUCAGGCCACAGAAAAAAUGAACUUGCUCA